GAGAAACCAUCUGCCAGCGGAGACCCAGGGAACUAAAUGACUGCUGCCUCCAUUGACCAUGGGUAAGAAGCUGGUGAUGGCCCAGAAGCGUGGAGAGACCCGAGCCCUCUGCCUAGGGGUGGCAAUGGUAGUGUGUGCCGCCAUCACCUACUACAUCCUGGGUACCACUGUGCUGCCCCUCUACCAGAAAAGUGUGUGGACUCAGGAAUCCACUUGUUACCUGAUUGAAACCAACAUCAAGAACUAUGAAGAGCUAGAAGGCAAGAAGGUGCCCCAGUACCCAUGCCUUUGGGUCAAUGUAUCAGCUGUGGGCAGAUGGGCCAUGCUGUAUCACACAGAGGACACUCGGGACCAAAACCAGCAGUGUUCCUAUAUCCCUAACAACUUGGACAACUAUCAGACAGCCCUGGCUGAUGUGGAGAAAGUCAAAGCCAAUUUCCACAAGCACCGUGCUUUCUACUGCUUUUCUGCACCUCAAGUCAACGAGACCAGUGUUGUGUAUCGGCGCCUCUAUGGGCCCCACAUCCUCCUCUUCUCCUUCUUCUGGCCCACCUUUCUGCUGACUGGUGGCCUCCUCAUUAUUGCCAUGGUGAAGCUCAACAGGUCCCUAUCCAUCUUGGCAGCUCAGAAGUAGACUGAAUCCCUCAGCACCGCACAGGGGAGUCACCAGGGACAGCAGGGACCCUGGGCAGGGCUGCUCACCACUCUCUUCCUCUUGUCUGCUCUUUUGUUUAUCCAACAUCUUUGGAAAGCCAUUUCUUGUGCAAGAAUGUUUAAUAGCUUCCUGGUGACCUUGGAGGCCAAAGGGCUGUCUGUUACAGCUCCUCGCUCCCUGUCACCAAUUGGUCCAUGCCUGUUACCUGCUGUGCCAUUGUCUACUCACAGGAUGAUGAAUAUUGUCACCUCUGUCCCUCUGUGCUCUCUCUUAGCUCAAACGCCUGCCUGCCACACCUAAGAUGUUGUCCAAAGUCAGCUUCUUUAAAUUGUCAUAAAAACAAUAGCUUUCAUUUAUAGGACAACUAAGUGUAUUGCUCCUUUGUUAAGGACAUUAAGUCGCACACAUAUAUUAUUCUAAAAUUUAAAAAUACUGCCCUCCCAUAUCCAGAGGGGCCAAUUCUGCGACUCCCUCAGAUGGCAAAAACGCCUUGUACAAAGUGGUGCAGGCUCUGUGUGGAACCUCUGCAUACCUUCCCAUGUGCCUCACAAAGUCUCCGGACGACUAGCAGCACCCAGUCCAGUACCAAUGCUGUAAAUGGAUUUCAUACUCUAUGGUUUCAGGAAUAGUGAUGGGAAAGGGUCCAUCCAUAUUCACAGAUGAUGCAGUUUUCCCCCAAAUACUUUCAAUCUGCAGUUGAUUGAAUUCAAUGGGGCAGAACCUGCUGAUGCAGAGUCCACGCCUAUACAUACAGUAACAAAAGUCUGUGAGGAAGUAAACACAAACACAUCAAAAUAUUAACCGUGCAUGGUGGUUAAUUUUAAUUUUCUUCCUUACCUCACUCUCUUUUUUUUGUUUGUAUUUUCAUUUUUCAAUA